AUGCAGCCGGCACGUCGAAGCCGGAGCAAAAGAAGAGUGCCAGUGUUUAUCAAGGGGGCGCUGUUGCAGCGCUCUAUCGCUGUGCCACUUGGAGCUUUUCGGCCGGCGGCCCGUGCUCGCAGUGUGUUCCUCAUUUGGCCGUUCGGGGGUGAUGGUUUCUUCUCGGUUCGUGCAGGUGACGAUGUGGACGGCGAAGUUGUGGACGAGGCACCGCUGCCGGACGACGAUUUCGGCGUGCUUCCCGACGAGAAGAUUGCUGACGUGGUGCAGGCUGAUUCCGUGAUUGGACCAUCACCGGAUGUCCAUGUUGCUUUCAUUUUCACUGACCUUGAUAGUCCGAAAAGUAUGGUCACUUAA